AUGACCUCAGACGUUGAAAUCUUCAGAGGAACGAGGAGAGUUCCGGAAAGCAGACGGAAACACCAAGCAAUGACCAGAUCGGGCAUGGACAGGAGUGACGGUCGAGCCAGGAUCAACCAGAGUCCAGCGCAAGUUCGCGGGAAUGGCGACUUACAACUACAAGCUGACCAUAACCACAAGAUGGCUAAAACUCGUCAUGAAAUUCCAGCUAUCCUCUACCACACUGAAGAGGCUUAG